UUAGCUGUUGUGCAAGUGAAGCUCGCAUUAUCCUCAAUUCUCCCGAACUCUGCUCCUCUUCCCAUGCAUGUCCACUCCCUCUGCUUCACUCUGAUCUAUUCUUCAAACAUACCCAAUUUUGAUUCCAUUUUUUUGUCUCAUUUUCCUCCCUUGUUUACAAAAUGAAGCUUUUCCCAAUUUCCUCUGUCUUUCUUAAUAAAGAAAAAAAAAAAUCUUCUGAAAUAGAAAAGUCUGUGGAGUUGAUGAAUUCAAAUCUUUUUGCAUGUUUUUGAAAUUAAAAUAUUGUCAUUAGACAACUGACUCUGUUUUGGAAUUAAAAUUUAGUACUCCUACUAGAUUUGAUUACAUGGACGAAAGCAAAGACGAUGAUGUGCGUGCAUGGGAUCAGAAUCCGAGUAGCAUACAACCUGUUCGACAAAAUGUUCAAUCCAAAAGCCAACAGCUGCGAACAUAUACGGGGACGCACCACAAGCGUGGGCCCCACCAGCACCAGCUCCGCAAUAAUCGCAGCCUCGAUAAUCGCAUCAUUAAUCACAAGCAUAAUUAUGGUUUGCCGCAAGAGGAUUAUUUAUCAAAUGAUAUUAAAGGCUCCUCUGAUUUGGUUAAUCAAAAGAUUGAAGGUAUUGGGCUGGCGGCGGAUGGUUCAGAUGAUAACAAUCAUGAAUUGCCAUUGCCGGAGUUUGAAGGAACUGGUGGUGGACUUGGAAUCUUUAAAGUCCCAGUUCGUGCCCCUCUUCAUCCUGCACGUCCUUCUUACCUUGAGCUCAGGCCACACCCCCUCAAAGAAACCCAGGUUGGGAAAUUUUUGAGGACCAUUGCCUGUACAGAGACACAACUGUGGGCAGGACAAGAAUCUGGGGUAAGAGUGUGGAAUUUUUCAGAUCAGUAUGAGCCUGGAAUGGGAGCUGGAGGUCGUGCAAGGAGAGGGGAUGAGGAUGCAGCACCAUUUUAUGAGUCGGCUGAUAUGUCACCCACAUUAUGUUUGAUGGUUGAUUCUGGGAAUGAGUUGAUCUGGAGUGGGCAUAAGGAUGGCAAGAUUAGGUCUUGGAGAAUGGACCAGCCUAGUUCUAAUGACUCCCCUUUCAAGGAAGGCCUCUCCUGGCAGGCUCAUCGUGGUCCCGUUCUUUCAAUGGUGAUAUCUUCUUAUGGUGAUAUAUGGUCUGGGUUUGAAGGUGGUAUCAUAAAGAUUUGGCCACGUGAAGCAGUAAACAAAUCUCUCUCUCUAUCACCAGAAGAAACACACAUGGCUGCUUUACUCAUGGAAAGGUCAUUCGUUGACCUUAGAAGCCAAGUUACAGUGAAUGGUGUAUGUAAUAUCUCGUCUUCUGACGUAAAGUGUUUGCUCUCUGAUCAUGUAAGAGGAAAAAUCUGGGCAGCUGGAUCUCUAUCCUUCUCGUUAUGGGAUGCUCGGAGUAGGGAACUCCUGAAAGUGUAUAAUAUAGACGGUCAGAUUGAGAAUGGGGUUGAUAUGUCAUCGAUGCCAGACCAAGCAGUGGAAGAUGAGAGGAAUGUCAAGCUUGUCUCCAAAUCUAAAAAAGAAAAGUCACAAGGAAGUAACUUUUUCCAGCGUUCACGCAAUGCUAUAAUGGGAGCUGCAGGUGCUGUACGUCGAGUUGCAACAAAGGGGGCAGGGGCAUUUGCAGAAGAUGUUAGGAAAAUAGAGGCCCUUGUGCUUGCAUCUGAUGGGAUGAUUUGGAGUGGAUGUUCAAAUGGCUUACUUGUGCAGUGGGAUGGAAAUGGCAAUCGUUUGCAAGAUUUCCAUCAUCAUCCUUGCGCUGUUCUUUGCUUAUGUGCUCAUGGUUCUCGAAUAUGGGUUGGCUAUGUAAGUGGUAUGGUACAGGUCCUGGACCUUGAAGGGAACUUGCUAGCUGGUUGGGUUGCUCACAACAGGCCUGUAAUAAAAAUGGCAGUCGGGGAUGACUAUGUUUUUAGCUUAGCUAAUCAUGGAGGUAUACGUGGAUGGGCCCUCGCCACUCCAGGACCUAUUGAUAACAUAUUACUAUCAGAAAGAGCUGAGAAAAAAUAUUUAUACACCAGACAAGAUAAUUUUAGGAUUUUGGUUGGUACGUGGAACGUUGGUGAAGGAAAAGCGUCACAGGAAGCACUCGCAACUUGGCUGGGUUCUGCAAUUUUGGAUGUUGGGAUUGUAGUAAUUGGUUUGCAAGAAGUAGAAAUGGGAGCAGGUUUUCUUGCAAUGUCUGCUGCAAAAGAAACUGUAGGACUAGAAGGAACUUCUAGUGGGCAAUGGUGGCAGGAUGCAAUAGGAAAAACUUUGGACGAAGGAUCAACUUUCGAAAGGGUAGGAUCAAGGCAACUAGCUGGCUUGCUUAUUGCUAUCUGGGUGAGAAAAACUCUUAGAGCACAUGUGGGGGACCUUGACGUUGCGGCAGUUGCAUGUGGUUUAGGACGUGCGAUUGGUAAUAAGGGUGGAGUUGGUCUGCGGUUAAGAGUACUUGAUCGGAUUAUGUGCUUUGUGAACUGUCACUUUGCAGCACAUUUAGAAGCAGUCAACCGCCGCAAUGCUGAUUUUGAUCAUAUAUAUAGAACAAUGGCUUUCACUCGAUCUUCUAACCUUCUGGACAAUGCUGCUGCUGGUGUUUCAUCUGCUGCUCAAAUGCUUCGUGGUACAGAUGCUGCAGCAAUUAGUCCGGAUGAGGGAAAGCCUGACCUUGCUGAAGCUGAUAUGGUGAUUUUCUGUGGUGAUCUUAAUUAUCGUCUUUUUNCCACAGGUCCGUCGAAAGCUGUUUAUGGUUCACCAAAAGACUACUUGGUUGUAGAUAUGCAUGAUUCUUGCCAAUUCUUUAUUAGAAUGGCUGCUCUGCAAGUCUCUUGCCCUGCAUAUAUGCUGAUAUGCAUGCCAAGAAACAUAAAAGAUGCUGGAUAUAUUGUGAUUCUGUCUCAUCAGCUCAAAAUCAUGUCAAAGGGGAGAACGAAGAACGUAACAGGUGGACCAAAUUUGAAGGAUGGAGAGCUCAUUCUUGGUGUUGUCGAAAUUUGGCAUCAUUCAAUGACACUUCCAUUCAUGUGA